CCACGCGCCGCCCCCCGGCGAGCUCCUCCUCCUCUUUUAUAAUCCCAGCCUCGUCUCCCCCGCGAUGACCACCCCCCUCGCCGCGCCACGUACGCCGCAUCGCAUGCGCGCGCUUUCCCUCGCCAGAGCAAGUAGCCCGCCGCCUCUUCUUCUUCACCUCCGACGAGCCCUUGCACCCGCGUCGUCGUCUUCUCCGGCGCCGGUGCUGUUGCUGCGUCCUGCGGUUUCUUGUUCUUCUUUGUUUGUUAGCGACAGGGCGGCGGCGGCUCGCCGGAGCAGCGGCAGCAGCAGGAGAAGCAUGGCGUCGCAGCAGUUCCCGCCGCAGAAUCAGGAGACGCAGCCGGGGAAGGAGCACGCCAUGGAUCCCCGCCCCGAGGCCAUCAUCCAGAGCUACAAGCCAGCCAACAAGCUGAAGGACAAGGUGGCGAUCGUGACCGGCGGCGACUCCGGCAUCGGGCGGGCGGUGUGCCUGUGCUUCGCGCUGGAGGGCGCGACGGUGGCGUUCACGUACGUGAAGGGGCAGGAGGAGAAGGACGCGGAGGAGACGCUCCGCGCGCUGCGCGACAUCAGGGCGCGCACCGGCGCCAAGGACCCCAUGGCGAUCCCCGCCGACCUCGGGUACGACGACAACUGCCGCAAGGUGGUCGACGAGGUCGCCGGCGCGUACGGCGGCGCCAUCGACAUCCUCGUCAACAACGCCGCCGAGCAGUACGAGCGCCCCUCCAUCACCGACAUCACCGAGGACGACCUGGAACGCGUGUUCCGCACCAACAUCUUCUCCUACUUCUUCAUGUCGAAGCACGCCGUGAAGCGGAUGCGCGAUCGCCGCGGCGGCGCCGGCGCCGGCGGGUGCAGCAUCAUCAACACGUCGUCGAUCAACGCGUACAAGGGGAACAAGACGCUGCUGGACUACACGGCGACCAAGGGCGCCAUCGUGGCGUUCACGAGGGCGCUGGCGCUGCAGCUGGCGGAGGAGGGGAUCCGGGUGAACGGCGUCGCGCCGGGGCCGAUCUGGACGCCGCUGAUCCCGGCGUCGUUCGCGGAGGAGAAGGUGAGGCAGUUCGGCUCCCAGGUGCCCAUGGGCCGCGCCGGCCAGCCGUCGGAGGUGGCGCCCAGCUUCGUCUUCCUCGCCAGCGACGACGCCUCCUACAUGUCCGGCCAGAUGCUGCACGUCAACGGCGGCGUCAUCGUCAACGGCUAGUUUUUCACUUGUCCCAUCUCGCCGCCGGCGGGCGAGCUCGCCGUCGCCGGCCGCCGUGUCUGUCUUGGCUUUUGCUGUGGGCAUGUGCCCACGUGUUUGCAGUGCGAGUCCACCACGUGUCAGUCAGUAGUAGCUUGUGAUCCUGUGAUACUGUGAUGAGUAGAGUUGCAGUUGUUGUCUGUGUACUAAGCUUGCAACUCAAUCUGCAAGGAAGAAGAUGAAUAAAAACGUCCCAUCUCAUCGCUA